CAUCCUAUCGGUAUCGGCAACAUGAACAGCUUCACAUGCAUGCAAUACAUACAACUAUAGAUCUCAUCCGAUCAUGUGAUGCUAAAAACUAGAACUCUUCGAUGAUCUAGGCAGUUUUGAUCUACAGUUCGAUCCAACAUGUUGACUAUGAAAGAUUUCUUCUUGCGGCCCUCCUUCGAGUCGGAGCAGGAAGCUCAAGAAUGGGAAAAGCUCCAGAAGACCGUCCAACACGCCAAGCAGUUCAACACGGACUUCGAUCACACCGUUCUGCACAAAGAUCUGUUUGGGACGUUUUUCUCCUACUACCUGGGGGAGAUUCGUUUCAGGAUCAUCCAGAUCCUUUCGGAGUUCACCAAAGUCGAAUGGCGUGAGGCAAAACCGGAAAAUGAACCUGACCCAUUUGGAGGCUUUGGAGCUCCUCCGCCGAAAAAGAAGGCACCCAAGCAAGAAAAGGAACUUCACAUCCCAGAGUACGGAAUUCUCGUAAAAGGCUACAAGAAGUUGCCCCUCGACUGUUGCGGACAACAGUUCAAAACGUUGAACAUGCUUCGCUUACAUUAUCAUGCCGAGCACGAAAAGCACUAUCUAUUUGAGGCAAACACGUGCGAGAUGAAAGCAUCGAUACUGAAGAUGUGUGUCUUCCGGCACGAGCUAGACGAGUUCGUUCGAAGCGGAAUCAGCUGCAACGGAGCGCUAAGUUUUCAUUUGCUGAAAAUUUUGAGGAAAAUCAUCCCCGUUAUACGGUAUUGACGGGUUGUGCAGCGGAAUUUGGAGAGGGAAAAAAGAAUUGAAGAUUUAGUUAUUUUAAAUCUGGAUAAUUUAAAUGUCAUUCUUGUUACUCUACUGUACAUGUGUUUAAUUUAUCAUAAUAUGAGAUUAAGAUAUAUAUUGUUACAAGCUGAUAACGUUGAAUUUGUUUGGCUAUAAUCUAAAAUAAACUCGAUGUUUAUGCUAA